GUUCUUCCUUCUCUUUGGGCCAUAUCUGUCACCCAGAAGCAGAACUCAGCUGUGAGAUCAGGAGCAAGAGGAGCACAUUGGAAGAAUUUCGAAAAAGGGCACCUUUUCUAAUUUUUAAUACUUGGCUGGGUUAAUCUGAAACUAUGUCAGAAGAAGUGGCAUGAUAACAAGAUCCUGAGACUCAAGAGAAAAGGGAGAUUGGGUGGGAAUGCCUCUAGUUCCCAUGGCUCCUCCUGUGAACAGCACAGCUACACGGCCGGCUGAUUCAUUCAGAGGGCGGGACUCACCAGGCCCUACGUGGAGAAAUGCCAUUGGCCCAUAGUUUAUCUUUCACUUUCCUGCCCUGGCUGUGAGCAAGAAUUUGCUGCGGUUCCUCUAGGAAAAUUCCUUUGUGCAGAUCAGGCCCGUGGAUUGGUGAGUGAAUCCUAACCACGUCUUCCCUGGCCUGUCUUCACUCUUCUCCCCAGAAUCACCACUUCUGCACUGGUGUCUGAAGGUGUAUUGAGUGAUUUUGUGGAGGGCACAAGUAGGAAGUCUUUGGGACAAAACUGAAUUUACCUUGGGAUCUGUGAACAAGAGGAACCUCAGCAGCCAGGACAGGCAGGAGCAGUGGAAUAGCUACUAUGGCUUCUGGAAUCCUGGUUAAUGUAAAGGAGGAGGUGACCUGCCCCAUCUGCCUGGAACUCCUGACACAACCCCUGAGCCUGGACUGCGGCCACAGCUUCUGCCAAGCAUGCCUCACUGCAAACCACAAGAAGUCCAUGCUAGACAAAGGAGAGAGUAGCUGCCCUGUGUGCCGGAUCAGUUACCAGCCUGAGAACAUACGGCCUAAUCGGCAUGUAGCCAACAUAGUGGAGAAGCUCAGGGAGGUCAAGUUGAGCCCAGAGGGGCAGAAAGUUGAUCAUUGUGCACACCAUGGAGAGAAACUUCUACUCUUCUGUCAGGAGGACGGGAAGGUCAUUUGCUGGCUUUGUGAGCGGUCUCAGGAGCACCGUGGUCACCACACGUUCCUCACAGAGGAGGUUGCCCGGGAGUACCAAGUGAAGCUCCAGGCAGCUCUGGAGAUGCUGAGGCAGAAGCAGCAGGAAGCUGAAGAGUUGGAAGCUGACAUCAGAGAAGAGAAAGCUUCCUGGAAGACUCAAAUACAGUAUGACAAAACCAACGUCUUGGCAGAUUUUGAGCAACUGAGAGACAUCCUGGACUGGGAGGAGAGCAAUGAGCUGCAAAACCUGGAGAAGGAGGAGGAAGACAUUCUGAAAAGCCUUACGAAGUCUGAAACUGAGAUGGUGCAGCAGACCCAGUCCGUGAGAGAGCUCAUCUCAGAUCUGGAGCGUCGGCUGCAGGGGUCAGUGAUGGAGCUGCUUCAGGGUGUGGAUGGCGUCAUAAAAAGGAUGGAGAACGUGACCUUGAAGAAGCCAGAAACUUUUCCAAAAAAUCAAAGGAGAGUGUUUCGAGCUCCUGAUCUGAAAGGAAUGCUAGAAGUGUUUAGAGAGCUGACAGAUGUCCGACGCUACUGGGUUGAUGUGACAGUGGCUCCAAACAACAUUUCAUGUGCUGUCAUUUCUGAAGAUAUGAGACAAGUGAGCUCUCCGAAACCACAGAUAAUAUAUGGGGCACGAGGGACAAGAUAUCAGACAUUUAUGAAUUUCAAUUAUUGUACUGGCAUCCUGGGCUCUCAAAGUAUCACAUCAGGGAAACAUUACUGGGAGGUAGACGUGUCCAAGAAAAGUGCUUGGAUCCUGGGGGUAUGUGCUGGCUUCCAACCUGAUGCAAUGUGUAAUAUUGAAAAAAAUGAAAAUUAUCAACCUAAAUAUGGCUACUGGGUUAUAGGGUUAGAGGAAGGAGUUAAAUGUAGUGCUUUCCAGGAUGGUUCCUUCCAUACUCCUUCUGCUCCUUUCAUUGUGCCCCUCUCUGUGAUUAUUUGUCCUGAUCGUGUUGGAGUUUUCCUAGACUAUGAGGCUUGCACUGUCUCAUUCUUCAAUAUCACAAACCAUGGAUCUCUCAUCUAUAAGUUUUCUCACUGUUCUUUUUCUCAGCCUGUAUUUCCAUAUUUAAAUCCUAGAAAAUGUGGAGUCCCCAUGACUCUGUGCUCACCAAGCUCUUGAACCUUCUUACACACUCAGCCCCUUCUGUACAGCACCUCUUGUCCAGGUGCAUCUCAUACACCUGAACUCAUUUGCAUCAUUUUAACCAUCUUUUCCUUGCUGUCUCCCUUCUUUCUAUUUGAACGUCCUUCACUCAUCAGUAAAAUGUAAUAAUUGCCUUGUGCCAUAUUGUCCCCAAUAUUUUAUUGACAUUUGAUAGCAAUUUUUUUCAUCAUUUUCCGUACUCCUAAGGAAAACUGACCUAUACCUCAUAAAAUGAGACCACUAUUUAGGUAUUACUUCUGCCAGAUAUUUAUCACCCAAUUGCCUCUGACACUGACUAAGAAGAUGAAGAAAAGCUUUUCAACAGCCUUUCUAUAUCAUCGUGUGAUAAUUGUUCACCAAUGAAUGAGUCCUUAGCCCUGUGUCAGUUUACCCUCGAUGCCCUUAUUUGUGAGUUAAAGAGAAAUUAUCAUAAAUGGUAUACUCUUAAGUAUAGAGGUUUUGUAUCUAGAGGGUCUGAGUUCAACUCCUGUCUCUCCAUAUACUAGCAGUGUAACUGUGAAUAACAUACUUAAAUGGCUGUGCUUAUUUCCUUUUCUUUUCUUUUUUUUUUUCUUUUUUUUUUUUUUGAGAUGAAGUUUUGCUCUUGUUCCCCAGGCUGGAGUGCAAUGGCAUGAUCUCGGUUCACUGCAACCUCCACCUCUCAGAUUCAAGCAAUUCUCCUGCCUCAGCCUCCCAAGUAGCUGGGAUUACAGGUGCCCACCACCACCCCUGGCUAAAUUUGUAUUUUCAGUAGAGACGGGGUUUCCCCAUGUUGGUUAGGCUCGUCUAGAACUUCUGACCUCAGGCGAUCCGCCCGCCUCUGCCUCCCAAAGUGCUGGGAUUACAGGCGUGAGCCACGGCACCCAGCCUGUGCUUAUUUUCUUAAAAUAAUUUUUGUAUUAAAAACUUCACAUUAAAUAAGUGCUAAUGUUUUAUUGCAUAGUAGGGUGACUAGAGUUAACAAUAACCUAUUGCAUAUAUUUUGAAAUAGCUAGAAGAGAGGAUUUUGAAAGUUCUCAACACAAAGAAAUGACACGUAUUUGAGGUGAUGGAUAUGCUAAUUACCCUGGUUUGGUUAUUACACAAUGUAUACAUGUAUCAAAACAUCACACUGUACCACAUAAAUAUGUACAUUUAUUAUUUGUCAAUUAAAAGCAAAAUAAAACAAAAAACCUUCAAAUAAUACUUUGGAUCAUUGUGAAAAAAUAAAUUCCUGAAGUAUAAAGCAUCUA